GGUACCAUUUCUACAGCGCACGCUGCGGAGAGCUUUUCUUGUCUGGAACCGCUUUUUCUGUGAACCGGAAGCAGUUUCCUAGUCAGAGGAGGUGCUGCUUGGCGCGUCAGGAAGAGCCCAAAGGUUAGAUUAUAAAAAACGAAAAUAGGAGCCAUGAUUUUUGGAAGACCUGUGUUACAGGUGCUUCGUCAGUUUGUAAGACAUGAGUCAGAAGUAGCCAGCAGUUUGAUUCUUGAAAGAUCUCUGAAUCGGGUGCAGUUGCUUGGGCGAGUGGGUCAGGACCCUGUCAUGAGGCAGGUGGAAGGAAAAAAUCCAGUCACCAUAUUUUCUCUAGCAACAAAUGAGAUGUGGCGGUCAGGGGAAAGUGAAGCAUACCAAAUAGGUGAUGUCAGUCAAAAGACAACAUGGCACCGGAUAUCAGUGUUUCGGCCAGGCCUUAGAGAUGUAGCAUAUCAGUAUGUGAAAAAGGGGUCUCGAAUUUUCGUGGAAGGGAAAGUAGACUAUGGAGAAUACAUGGACAAGAAUAAUGUGAGACGACAAGCAACAACAAUCAUAGCUGAUAACAUUAUCUUUUUGAGUGACCAGACAAAAGGAAAGGAAUGAAUGGAUGGUUCUUUGGCCAUUGUUUGUUGCCAUCCUGAGCAUGAAGCACUCUUCAGAUGGAAGAUGGAAGAAGCUGGGACCUGGGACCACCCGGGACCACCAGACCAUCCUGGACAGCCUGCCUGUGGCCUUUUUUGGAAGAUACAAAUAAACUUCUACCUUGUUUAAUCCA